AUGGCUGUUCGAGGGGUUUUCCCCAAUGGAUUAGUCGCUGCCAAAAUGGUAGCCAUGUAUGCCAGCUCCGGUGAAAUCGACGCUGCCUCACGUAUUUUCGAUAAUGCCACUGAACACUCUUCGCUUCUGUACAAUGCCAUGAUUCGAGCACUCACCCUUUAUGGGAUUACCAAAAGAACAAUAGAGAUUUUCUUCCAAAUGCAUUCAUUAGGCUUCCGUGGUGACAAUUUUACCUUUCCCUUUGUUUUCAAGUCAUGUGCUGAUUUGUGUGAUGUUUGGUGCGGGAAGUGCGUUCAUAGCUUGAUUUUCAGGUCUGGAUUUGUGUUUGAUAUGUAUGUAGGCACUUCUUUGAUUGAUAUGUAUGUGAAGUGUGGUGAUUUGAUUGACGCUCGUAAACUGUUUGAUGAAAUGCCGGUGAGAGAUGUAUCGACUUGGAAUGUAUUGAUUGCUGGGUACAUGAAGGAUGGGUUAUUCAAAGAUGCUGAGGAAUUGUUUGAGGAAAUGCCAAUUAGGAAUAUAGUGUCGUGGACAGCUAUGAUUUCUGGAUAUGCUCAGAAUGGUUUAGCUGAUGAGUCGUUGCAAUUGUUCGAUAAAAUGUUAGAUCGUGACUCGGAGGUGAGGCCUAAUUGGGUGACGGUUAUGAGUGUUUUACCUGCUUGUGCGCACUCGGCUGCACUAGAUCGUGGGAGGAAGAUUGUCAAAAUCAGCACACUAAGAUCAAGUUAUGCCAUGGAAUGA